AUGCGUGCUUUGGUUACGGGGGUGAAUCAAGGUAUAGGGAAACAUGUUGCCGCAACACUUGCGGAAUGCGGAGCAGAAGUAUUUGGACUCGAUAAAACGAUUUCAGAUAAUUUUUCAAAAGAAUUACCUAACAUAAAACCUAUCAAGGUAGAUUUGCAAAAUUGGGACGAGACCGAAAAAGCGAUUUGUGCUAAAGCACCCUUUCAUCUGUUGGUAAAUAAUGCGGGUAUUGCAAUACUUGGAACACUAGUUAAAAUUAAAGAAGACGAUGUUGAUAAAAUGCUAUCGAUUAAUGUGAAGGCCGUAGUUAAUGUUACAAGGAUUGUUGUAAGGGGGAUGGUAGAGGAAAAAAUUCAAGGUUCGAUAGUGAACAUUUCAUCUCAAGCUUCACUGGUAGGAUUAUCGGAUCAUAAUUUAUACUGCACAACCAAAGCAGCAAUUGAUGGGUUUACAAGACAGGCAGCUCUGGAGUAUGGACCGAAUAAUAUUCGUGUUAAUGCCGUUAAUCCAACUGUCAUUAUGACUGAAAUGGGUAAGAGGAAUUGGUCAGAUCCUAAAAUAGCCGAACCAAUGCUGGCGAAAAUGCCAUUGCGAAGGUUUGGAGAAGUCUACGAAGUAACAUAUCCAAUUUUAUUUCUACUCAGUGACAAAGCAAGUUUGAUUACAGGAGUUUGCCUACCUAUUGACGCUGGAUAUACAGCUGUAUAA